UUUUACUUUUCUAUCUAUGUAUGUAGUGACACUUUAAAAGACUAAACAGUAGCAUAUUCCAGAGCUCAUCUGUUUGCUUUCAAUAAUUUAAUGGAUUUAUUCAUCUUCUUCUUACUCUCAUCUCUUACUUUCAUAGGUACAGAGGCUCUUGAUGCCAAUUGCCCAGCAGUGAGGUGCACUGAUGGUGCUCCUGAUAUAAGGUUCCCUUUCCGAGUUGAAGGCCAGCAACCCCAACGUUGCGGUUACCCUGGUUUCGAGCUGAGUUGCAAACAAAACCUAACUAUAAUUCACUUUCCAUCUUAUGGGGAUUUAGUUGUGAAAUCCAUAUCGUAUGAUAUCAAAAAACUAAGUCUUCUUGACCCGAAAAAUUGUGUUCAUGAAGUGUUUCUGAAUCUCAAUCUAACUCUAACAGCAUUCCGCUAUUAUUAUGUUGUGAAGAACUACACAUAUCUCAAUUGUUCAGCUGCGCUUUUGUCGUCUUCUAUGCCAGUUCCAUGUCUAAGUGGCUCUAGUUAUUAUGUUUAUGUUGUAGAAUCAUCUGAAACUACACCAGUUUCUUGCAAGGCUGUGAGAACUAUUGCAAUUCCAUUUGCAUAUAGUCCUUAUCUAUCCGACAAUAGGUUUGGUCUUGGAUUAACAUGGGACUCGACCGGGUGUGAAGAUUGUGAAGCCAAAGGGGUCUUUCUUUCUAAAUCAGGACUACCACUACCAGGAUGUUUCAUGGUGCAUGAGAAAGUCAUCGGUUUCACGAUCUUCAUUUUCAUGGUUGCAACACUGAUUAGUGUAAAGACCUAUUGCUCCAAGAAACUAGAGUGUUGCAGCAAAAAGAAUAAUCAACUUGAACUUCUAUGAAUGAAGCAGAACUCGGAAUAAGUUGUCCAUCUAGCUUGAGACUACAGAAGGAAAGUUUGACAGUGAAACCAAAUCCAUUGGCAUCGACAACACAAGAACAGUUAUUGAUGUGUAUAAUAUAUAGAUGUGUAUAAGUCACCAAUGAUAUGGUCUUCGUGUCUCCAUAGUGAGCCAAGCAUGACCAAAAUUAUUGAUGUGUAUAUGUAUGGAUGGGUUAAUUUGGCUAAAAAACUGGCCUUGCUAAGGUGUGAGUUGCGCAAUGUGAAAUAAUUGCGAAAAACAAAUAUGAAAUUAUACCUAGAAGGAAUGAUUAUGUUGGAUUUGUCUUUUUA